UCGCUUACCGCACAGCCUCAAACACUUCAAUUAAUUUGUUAAUACGAUUCCUUUUUGCUGCCAUGUUAAGCGAUUGCCUGCGUGUCGGACGGAUUACAUUGUGAGAGCGUCUCAGACACCACCCGCCUACCCAGCCCGGCACCCGAAAACUGCCGGUAAUUUGUGUAGAAACUUUGCUCAUCUUUGUCGACCAUCUCCUGUUCGGAUAGUCCUCCCACGGGCGCUGGCUCGAAACGGGAGCGGGGAUUUUACAGGGACUUCGUAGAACUUUACACGUGUGAUGGAGUUUCCGUGUUUUAGCGAAUCUGUGAAGUCGGACUUUGAAUCUCGGUGUGGUCAAGGCAUGCCGGGCAGUGGCUAUUUAGCUUCUCUCACACAGGCCACGAAACAGAUCGGGGGCGCCGGUGGACAGUACAGCGACAACGACAGCGGCGACGACGACUAUGUCAGCGUCGGCCACCCUGCUUCCAGGGAUCGGGUCAAGGAACAGGACUUAGACGGAGAAUACGAAGAUAAACAUGACGAUGAUGAAGGUGGUGCGUGGAGCGAUGACAGUACCUUGUCCAAGCGCGGGGAGGAUGGAGAGUUGCCAGAGGGCUAUUCGGAACGGGACCUUCUAGGGAAAGUACGGACCAGGAAGUCGAAGUCUGGGGAGACAAAGGUCGUCCGUCUCAACAUCAACGCCAGAGAGAGACGUCGCAUGCACGACCUUAACGACGCGCUUGACGAACUGCGUUCAGUUAUACCCUACGCUCACAGUCCGUCCGUGAGAAAACUUUCCAAAAUUGCAACCUUGUUGCUGGCCAAGAACUAUAUACUGAUGCAAGCUAACGCCCUUGAAGAGAUGAGAAGGAUGAUAUCAUGCAUGAACCAGAGUCCCCCCUGUUUCGAUGCCUACUCUGCCUUCCCGAGACUACCAACCACAGCUGUAGGCAUGGAUAAGUGUGCUCCCGUGUACCCCCCACCCCCGGGCUCCCCACCCUGCAAACACUGCACCAAUGACAAGGUGUGACCACACAGGUGCGGGUAGACAGAUAUGCAGUGCGAGCUGCCGGGACCCGGGAUCUGUUGAGGGCGAACAUGCGGUCUCCCACCCCAUCUGAACAAACUGUGGGGUACGUGUUCAAGGUACAUUUGUGUCGGUCAAGGUUCUUUGGCGAUAAGGUCAACAGUAUGAGGAUGGCACCCGGAUGUAGGUAGAGAUAGAGUCGGGUAGAACUAUAGAAGACCAGGGCCACCACACCCAAAACUAACACUGCCCCAUGGUCAGUGUCGCCAUGGAAACUAUAUAUUGCUCAGUGCAACGUGCUACCCUCAGUGACAAUGUGACAAUGAGGUACAAACUAAAGUGUGACGCAGACAUUUGCACGGGACAUGUCCAUGGAUAUAAACAUGCUCAGUAGAUGCCGUCUGUGAGAGAUUGUGUUUUGUGUAAGUAAAAUAAAUGGAAAAUACGAUACUCAU